AUGGGGUGCCGGAGCUCGCGGCUGGACGCGACGGACGUGUCCCCGGCGGCCGCGCUGUGCCGGGAGCGUCGGGACCUGCUGCGGGCCGCCGCGGACCACCGCGCGCACCUCGCGGCCGCGCACGCCGCCUACUUCCGGGCGCUCCCGCGCGUCGCCGACGCGCUCGCGCGGUUCGCGAGCCACCACCACGCCGCCACGCCGCCGGCGCCGGGGUCGCCCGUGCUCACGCUGCCGCCGCCGUCCGACCACGACGACGCCGACGACGCCGACGAGCCCAAGAAGCAGCGGGGCAGCGGCUCAGCGACACCGCAUACCGACUCCGGCCACUCCCACAUCCACUUCCACUCCGACGACGCCUCGGAAUCCGAUCCCGACUCCUCGGCCGACGACCCCUGCGCCGGCCCCGGAGGCUGUGGCGGCGGUGGCCACGGCGCCGAGAUCCCGCCGCAGACGGCGCCUGUCCUUCGUCCUGGCGUUCCCUUGCCCAACCACGGCCACGGUCAUGGCGAGCCCCAAGAACGCCAAAUCCAUGACCCUGGUUUUGUUGCCAGGCCGGAGAUGCCGUGGGAGUACGCCUCCUACGAUCCCUAUGCUUCCUUUCCAAACACCGCAUUCCAAAAUGCCACAUUUCCCAGCUACUACUACAUGAAGGCCAGCUUGACGCCGGCGAACACGGUGUACCAAGAACCGUACGGCUACGGCAACUUCGCCACCAGUUCGUCCUACAUGGGGUACGGCUACGGGUACAACAACCCAAUGUACGGCGUCUCGUUGCCACCAGACGGGGAUCGGCCGGUGGAGGAUCGCGGCCGGGAACCGGCGCCGGCGGCUCCGGCGGCGGCGCCGCCGCCAAUGCCAAUGCCUGAGACGACACCGUGGGACUUCUUUAACCCCUUCGAUUCGUAUGAGCAGGAACUUCCUCAGUAUAAGGGCAAAGGUUACGACUCCAAUGGGUCGUUCACCAGCAGUCCCAACUCAAGUGAGGUGAGGGCAAGGGAGGGGAUCCCGGAGCUCGAGGAGGAGACGGAGCUGGAGUCUAUGAGGGAGUCUGUGAAGGCAAGGAAGGCUGUAGAGAGCACGGCGUCGAACCGGAUUGGCAAUGUGGAUGUCAGUGCCAAGGUAAAAGUGUCCAUGGAGCAUAAGGAAGUUGAGAUCGAGAGUGUGUAUAGUGCUUCGGUAUUUGAGUCAGGGGACGAGAGUGUGUGCAGUUGCGAUUGUGACCAUGCCAAUGCUAGAACAGAGGGGUCAGUGCAGGUGCCGGCAGGAGAUGAUCAAAUGAAGGUGAGGAAGGUGAGCUCAGAGGAUCACUCAUCCAUAGUAGUCGGAGAGGAUGCACGGCCGCCAGAGUUCACUGGGACAAGAGAUGUCGCCGAGGUUGUUGAGGAAAUAAAGGAGCAAUUCAAAUCAGUGGCUGCCUGUGGGGAUGAUGUCGCAAGGAUCCUUGAGGUGGGGAGGAUGCGGUAUCGAUCACGGAAUAGAAUCUUAAGAUUGAUAUUCUCACGGAUGAUGGGGACCUUCGCUUUGUUAUUUUCUUCCAUAUCGGAGCCACCGGUGAAGAGCUUGGAAGAAUCAGCUAUAAAUCCAUCCAAAGGAAACCAGAAUUCCAGUAAAAGAUUCGAUUUUCCCAGUGAUGUUGAGCUUAAUACUCUUUCGGCAACAAUGGACAGGCUGUAUGUGUGGGAGAAAAGACUUCAUAAGGAAAUUGUGGAGGAAGAAAAAUUGAGGAUUACAUAUGACAAAGAAUGGAAGCGCUUGAAAGAGCUGGAUGCUAGUGGUGCAGAGCCACAUAAGAUCGAUACAACGCGGGCCUCAAUUAGGGCACUGCUCACCAAAAUCAACAUUUCCAUCAGAUCAGCUAAAGUUAUUUCUAGGAGGAUCCACAUACUACGAGAUGAUGAGCUACACCCACACCUUGUUACACUUAUCCAUGGGAACUGGAUCUUAUCCCAAAAAGCUUAUAUCGAAACCCUCAAUGGUUGGCUAGUCAAAUGGCUUCCUCAGGAAAAGGAGGAGACUCCGGAUGGCAUUGCACCCUUCUCUCCUGGUAGGCUUGGAGCUCCUGCUGUGUUCAUUACAGCUAACGAUUGGUGUCAAGCCAUGAAAAGGAUACCAGAAGCCAGCGUCGUAGAUACAAUGGAAGCUUUUGCUGUCAACGUACAUAUGUUAUGGGAGCGGCAGGACGAAGAGCAGCAGCAGAAGCUGAAAGCUGACUACCUCUCUAGGGAUUUCGCAAAGCGGCUCAAAUCUCUUCAGGAGGAACAUGGCUUGCAAGGGCAAUUUGAAGCUGACAAGGCAGUGUUGCCCAUUGCCGACAAUGGCAGGGCAGUCGAUAACCGCAUGGUUGCAUUGGAUACACUGCACAAGAGAUUGGAUGAACAAAGAGCUCGGCACGACGAAACUGUGAAACAGAUUCGAGAGGCCAGUGCAGCUGAUCUGAAAGCAGGUCUGGCUCCGAUAUUUGAAGCACUGGAAUCUUUCAGUGUGGAGACGCUGAAAGGUUAUGAAAAUGUCAGGAUUCCAGUCGAAGGUGUUGGUGGUUGAUAUCUUUAAGUCCACAAAUUUUCUGUUGGCAGCUCUUGAUACCUGAAGUCCACAAUGAUCGCUGGGGCAGUGGACAAUGUUGAAUUCAUCCAAGGAGCUAUUAACAAUCUGAAAAUGUCUUCAAUUUGCCAGCCAUGCGCAAGCACAACACCAUUGUACUUGGAAUAAUGUUGAAUUCAUCCAAGGUACAAGCAAGGACGGCCCAGAAGUUCCUGCAUGAUUCUGCACUAAGCAAUGUUACCACGGAUUCUUUGAGAUGAUUCUGGUUUCUGAGGUAGCAAAUUCAUGUGGACCUUCUACACUAGUCAGUAGCUAUAGCUACUUAUCCACAGAGAGCUGCUAGGAGCCUGAACUCUCUGUCUAGUUGGAGCCCCUCAAAGGAGGGGAAGGCAAUUUUGUAGCCAUUUUCAGCUCCUGUACAUAUUAUUAGCUAAGUUAGUGAGUUCGCAGGGUUAGCACGUCAUCUAUGUACAAUUUGAUCUGUGCACUGUAUAAGUUGUAUUUACGCCCCUAUGUUUACGGCA